UCUACCAUGGCCCACCACUACCUCAUUCUUAAUUCGAUUCUGAAGUGGCAACGAAUCAAACCCUUUCUAUAAAAACCCUUCCCGCCGCCGCCAAACCGGCAAACUCCCAUGGAUAAUAUUACAAUUUAACCUACACAAAAUCCCAUUCCCUCAUCCGCUCCGGCCGCCACCGAAACGACGACGCAUAACACAUUCCAGCGGCGAGCCCAUGGAGAACACCCACGCGCCACCGCCUCGACCUCUCUACAAGCAGAACUCCUGGUCGCCCGAUACGCUCCGCGACGAGACGUGGCAGCGCCGGAAGAGCAGCUGCAGCGCGCGCCGCCUCAAUCGCAGCAAAAGCGUCUCGGAAGACGAUUUGGAGGAGCUCAAAGCGUGCAUUGAGCUCGGGUUCGGGUUCGAUUCGCCCGUUAUCGACCCGAAACUGUCCGAUACUUUACCCGCCUUGGAGUUUUACCACGCUGUAAAUACGCAGUGCAGUAAGAGAGUGUUAACAGUUGGUGAUGCGGAGACGGUGAAGAUGAGGUUGAGGCAGUGGGCACAGUUGGUCGCUUGCUGGGUUCGGCAAUCAUCUUCUUCUAUCUAAAUCUCAAAAAUAUUUUAUCAAGUGUAAAUUAUAAAUUUAAUUCAUAUUUAUUUUAUUUUCUAUAUCAAUCACUCCAUUUGUUGAAUUUGGAAAAGUCGGGUAUGUUGCUACUAUAGUUAUAAGAUUUGAAUCUUGCCAUAUGCCUUUAGAAGUUUGGCGACUUUAUCAUUGUCUCCUGGACAAUUUGC